AUGGAGAGAAAGAAGACGGCCACCGAGCUCGUCUGCGAGGAUGAACAGCGCUUCUGGGCGAGCUUGAGGCACUUCUAUGGCCAGGGAAAAUCGAGCAGCCAGCCGUGGGAAGCCCGUCCUGGAACACGUUGGCAGGCCGGUAGCAAGAAAGUCAACGUCCACACGCUAUUCGUCCAGAUUAUAACAAGAGGAGGCUUUGACGAGGCCUCCAAGGACAAGAAGAACUGGUGGGAAGCUGGCCAUAUUGCUGGUGUGCCUCCUGGCCUGGUUGGAACCCUCUCGUACCAGGUUAAGCAGCUGUACGCAGAGCGGCUGCUGGACUUCGAAUACUACCUGCUGCUGAUUCCCCCGUCUGAGAUCCCCAGCGAGUCUCAGGCAAGGGCAGCAAACGCGGCGUUACCGAAGUUUCGCCAGUCACGGAAGCGCAAACGCGCCGUGGAGUCGCAGUCCUAA